AUGAAGCCAGCCAUGGAAACUGCAGCGGAGGAAAAUGCAGAACAAAGCCAAGAGAAAAAAGUGAUCACCAGACCAGAAAUGGAAAUUGGCAGGUACCACUGGAUGUACAGGAGUUCAAGGCCACACCGGUACCAUCAUGUGCCAGCAGUGAGAGGCAAUAUUAGUCCUUUGGGGAUUCAAGGUUGCUUUGAAUGUUGCAUUAAGUGCCUAGGAGGAGUGCCAUAUGCUUCGCUCGUGGCAACCAUUCUCUGCUUCUCGGGGGUAGCAUUGUUUUGUGGCUGUGGCCAUGUGGCGCUCACAGGGACCGUGUCUAUCCUCGAGCAGCACUUCUCCACGACUGCCAGCGACCAUGCUUUGCUGAGUGAAGUAAUUCAGCUAAUGCAGUAUGUAAUUUAUGGCAUUGCAUCAUUUUUCUUCUUAUAUGGAAUAAUCCUUUUGGCAGAAGGUUUUUAUACAACAAGUGCAGUGAAGGAGCUGCAUGGAGAGUUCAAAACGACAGCCUGUGGCCGCUGCAUCAGUGGAAUGAUGGUAGAAGUUAUGCAGAUAUAGUGAGUCUUUUUCGCAGAGCUGAAACACUUAAAGCCUUAAAAUUACAAGCCAUCUUCCCUUCAGUAUACUUCUGUAUCAGAACAAAAUUUUAAGCAAAGUUUAACUAAAAAUAAAACUUCAGAUUCUCACCCACGUUGCCCCCUAGGGCGCACUCUGCAAGAACAGAAGCACAACUGUUUCUGAGACAGCAUUUCAAAGCUAUUUCUGAAAAUCUGAAUUCAAAGCUCGUAGUUAUGGAGGAAGCUAAGCAGUAUGACAGAUCGCCCACGAGAAAGUGUGGGUGAGAAGAGAAGAGGCUUUUGAUGCGAUUGUUGCAUUUUAAUAUACAAUCCAUAUCCCGUACUUUAAAAAAAAUAGGUAUUUUCAGCUGGUUAAAUACGAAGGAGAUGCAUGUUUAUGUUCAAGAGGUUUAACAAUUUUCCACUGUGCUGUUGGAUACUUAUUGAAUUUUUCAAGAACUAAUAAAAAUAAGACAUCCAAUCAUUUUCC